GCUCAACUUCCACCAUGUCCCUCGCUGUCGCCCAGAUCGACCAUGACUACGAGAAGGAGAAAGAAAUUAUCCACAGGUUCCUCGAAAAAUGCGAAGGCCCUCUCGAGGAGGACAUCACCAGUGGCUUGGCCGCUGUCCAUAUCGACGCGGACAAUGACGCGACGGAUGGCGGGGUCGUACCCCAGAAAUAUCUCAGGCAGCUGAUCCGCAUCGCCAACCGAGAGCAGCAGAUGCUCGUUAUCGACCUCGAGGACCUCAGAGCCAGUACCGACCCUGAGGUCAACGAUCUGGUGGACGCAAUACUCGAAAAUGCUCAUCGUUACGUGGUGCUCUUCUCUGAGGCCGUGGACGUGAUUUUGAAGGAGCGGGGGCCGACGAAGGACAUCAGCGACAAAGACGAGGUCAUUGACGUUAUCAUGCACCAGAGGCGGGAGCGUAACCAACAGAUGGACGAGGAAGGGUUUCCGGACGCCGUGCUGCGACGAUACAACCUAUACUUCAAACCUCUCGAAAGCGACGUCGCACUGGCUGUUCGCGAAGUUCGUAGCACACACAUUGGCAACCUCAUCACCGUCCGAGGCAUCGUGACGCGAGUGUCCGAAGUGAAACCGCUGAUUCAAGUCCAAGCAUACACAUGCGACGUUUGUGGCUCAGAAACCUUCAAGGAAGUUUCUACCAAGUCGUUUAUGCCACUCUACGAUUGUCCCAACCCGGACCAAUGUUUAAAAAACGGCAUCACCGGCACCCUCCACCUCCAAACGCGAGCGUGCAGGUUCAGUCCUUUCCAAGAGCUUAAGAUUCAAGAAAUGGCUGAUCAAGUUCCCGUUGGACACAUUCCUCGUUCGAUGACCGUUCACGUUCACGGAAACCUAACACGCAUGAUGAAUCCUGGCGAUGAAGUGCAUAUCGGCGGCAUUUUCCUUCCCAUCCCUUACACCGGCUUCCAGGCCAUCCGUGCUGGCCUGUUAACGGACACAUAUCUAGAAGCGCACCACAUCCACCAGCAGAAGAAGCAAUAUAAUGAGAUGCAGACGACGCCCGAGAUCCGCGAGCAGAUCGAAGCGCUGCGCACAGAUCCCGGAUUGUACAACAAACUCGCCCAAAGUAUUGCACCCGAAAUCUAUGGACACAACGACGUCAAGAAGGCGCUGCUCCUGUUGCUCGUGGGCGGCGUCACCAAAGUGACUGCGGACGGGAUGAAGAUUCGCGGGGACAUUAAUGUGUGCCUCAUGGGCGAUCCUGGAGUUGCCAAGUCCCAGCUGCUCAACUACAUCUCCAAGAUUGCUCCGCGCGGGGUGUAUACAACCGGAAAGGGUUCUUCCGGUGUUGGUCUUACUGCUGCAGUUAUGAGAGAUCCUGUGACGGAUGAGAUGGUUCUUGAGGGCGGUGCCCUUGUUCUGGCCGACAACGGCAUUUGCUGUAUCGACGAAUUUGACAAGAUGGAGGAAUCCGACCGGACGGCUAUCCACGAGGUGAUGGAGCAACAGACGAUCUCUAUCUCCAAAGCAGGCAUUUCCACGACACUGAAUGCUCGAACGUCGAUUCUCGCCGCUGCCAACCCGCUUUACGGACGGUACAACCCGAAAGUAUCGCCCGUGGAGAAUAUCAACCCCGGCGGCGCUGCUGUCCCGAUUCGAUCUUAUCACGUCACCUAUGUCCAUAUGCACAACAAACACCCGGAUCUGGAGAAUGAUGUGAUUGAACCCACCCUGAUGAGGCACUACAUCGCCGGCGCGAGAGAAAAGCGGCCCAUCGUGCCUCCUGAAGUGUCGAGUUACGUGGUUGACUCGUACGUUCGACUACGAAAAAUGGGCAAAAUCGACGACGAGCAAAACCGGUCGCAUUCUUACACAUCCGCCCGGACGCUUCUUGGGAUUCUACGAUUGGCGCAGGCCCUGGCACGGCUCCGAUGGACGGACAGAGUGGAGCACGCCGACGUCGACGAGGCUUUGCGGCUGAUGGAAUGCAGCAAACACAGUCUGAACGACGAGGACGAGGUCGAGCAGGGCCCGGACAAAUCUGUGGUCAGUCAGAUCUACCGACUCAUCAAGCAGAUGGCGGGUGCUGGUGCCCCAGCCCGCAAGAAGAAGCGGCAAAGUAGGACACGAAGAAUGGGCCGCGGGCCGAAUCGUGAGCGGGAUGUCGAUGGCAUGGAGACGGACUCGGAUGACUCGGACGAUGAGUUUGCGGGCGAUGCCGAGGAGGUUUCGCUGGUCGACGUUCGAGCGCGUGUGACAACCGCUGGAUUCACUGAGGCACAGCUGAAUGAAACCAUCCUGAAGUACGAGGAUCUGGGUGUUUUGAUGAGAGUGGCCAAUGGAUCUAAAAUUCGCUUUGUUACUGCUGACUAGAUUGUUUGCUUUGUCUGUAUUCUAUUGUAUCUUGUGUUCCAAUUCUAAAAGUCAACCUGGAAAUGCCUGGGCAACAACUGCGACAUGAACCACGCGCGUGCAGCAUUGCAAUAAGGUGCUGAAUCAAAAUCACUUGCUCGACUGGCUCGCCUAUGUAAAGCCCAGUGGUUGAUACAACAAUGAGA